GCUGGUUUAAGUCGUCUCGGUCCAGGGAUUGAGCGAGAGGAGAGUGAAGGCUGGCAGGUCGGCACUGGAGAUGGGCAGCACUGUAGGACUCCGCUCCAGUCCAAGGGCUUGGGGAUGUGGCUGGAAUGUCGCCCGACUCCUGUGCUUUGCUGCCAUUUGCUGGGUGCUCGGGACUCAGAUGGAAGUGGGAGCCUGGACCUACCAUUAUGGUAACAAAUCUGAUUACUCAUGGGAGCUGGCCAGAAACUUUUGCAGGUCAUUCUACACUGACCUUGUAGCAAUCCAGAACCAGGGGGAAAUUGUUUAUCUCAACAAAGUCUUACCCCGCCAUAGAACAUACUACUGGAUUGGGAUACGAAAGAUAAACAAUGUCUGGACCUGGGUUGGUACCAACAAGGCCCUGACGAAAGAGGCUGAGAACUGGGCUAACAAGGAACCCAACAAUAAAGGGAAGAACCAAGACUGUGUGGAGAUUUACAUAAAGAGGGAUCGUGAUGCUGGAAGAUGGAACGAUGAGAACUGCCAAAAGAAAAAGAGGGCGCUGUGUUACCAAGCGUCUUGCCAGCGUUCCUCCUGCAGCCAGCGUGGUGAGUGUGUGGAGACCAUCGGGAACUACAGCUGUGAUUGCUACCCUGGUUUCUACGGGCCUGAGUGUGAACACGUUGUGAGGUGCAAAAACCUUGACCCCAGGCCUGACUGCAGUCAUCCCCUGGGGGAAUUUAGCUACAAUUCCACAUGCAAGUUCCAGUGCCAGGAGGGGUUUGAACUGCAAGGGCUGGACACGUUGCAGUGCUUGGCAUCGGGGAACUGGACAGCAGCAGCUCCAGAGUGUACAGCUGUCAAGUGCCCAGCGCUGGCCACCCUGGGCAGGGGCCAGUUAAACUGCACUCACUGGCAUGGACACUUCACGUAUAACUCCACCUGCACCUUCUCCUGCGAGAUGGGAUUUGUGCGGAAUGGAUCGGAGACACUGGCGUGCACAGCCCUGGGACAAUGGACAGUGCGUCCCCCACUCUGUGAAGCUGUCAAGUGCCCAGUGCUGGAUUCCCCGGGCAGGGGCCGAUUAAACUGUACUCAUUGGCAUGGAGACUUCACGUAUAACUCCACCUGUGCCUUUUCCUGUGAGACGGGGUUUGUGCGGAAUGGAUCGGAGACACUGGAGUGUACGGCCCUGGGACAAUGGACAGGGCAUCCCCCGCGCUGUGAAGCUGUCAAGUGCCCAGUGCUGGCUGCUUCGGAAAGGGGCAGAUUAAACUGCACUCACUGGCAUGGAGACUUCACGUAUAACUCCACCUGUGCCUUCUCCUGCGAGACGGGGUUUGUGCGGAAUGGAUCGGAGACAGUGGAGUGCACGGCCCUGGGACAAUGGACAGGGCAUUCCCCACGCUGUGAAGCUGUCAAGUGCCCAGUGCUGGAUUCCCCGGGCAGGGGCCAAUUAAACUGCACUCAUUGGCAUGGAGACUUCACAUAUAACUCCACCUGUGCCUUCUCCUGUGAGACGGGGUUUGUGCGGAAUGGAUCGGAGACACUGGAGUGUACGGCCCUGGGACAAUGGACAGGGCGUCUUCCGCGCUGUGAAGCUGUCAAGUGCCCAGUGCUGGCUGCUUCGGAAAGGGGCAGAUUAAACUGCACUCACUGGCAUGGAGACUUCACGUAUAACUCCACCUGCGCCUUCUCCUGCGAGACGGGGUUUGUGCGGAAUGGAUCGGAGACAGUGGAGUGCACGGCCCUGGGACAAUGGACAGGGCAUUCCCCACGCUGUGAAGCUGUCAAGUGCCCAGUGCUGGAUUCCCCGGGCAGGGGCCGAUUAAACUGCACUCAUUGGCAUGGAGACUUCACAUAUAACUCCACCUGUGCCUUCUCCUGUGAGAUGGGUUUUGUGCGGAAUGGAUCGGAGACACUGGAGUGUACGGCCCUGGGACAAUGGACAGGGCGUCUUCCGCGCUGUGAAGCUGUUACGUGCCCAGGUUUGGCUGCCCCUGGCAGAGGCCGAUUAAACUGCACUCACUGGCAUGGAGACUUCAUGUAUAACUCCACCUGCGCCUUCUCCUGCGAGACGGGGUUUGUGCGGAAUGGAUCGGAGACAGUGGAGUGCACGGCCCUGGGACAAUGGACAGGGCAUCCCCCGCGCUGUGAAGUCAUGAGAUGCCCCAAGCUGAGGGACCUAGAGCCAAUUCUUAUGAAUUGCUCCCACCCUCUGGAAUCCUUCAGCUAUGGGUCAGUGUGUCGCUUCCGCUGCACUCAGGGCUACUUCCUCAAUGGGACGAGCAGGGUGCAGUGCCAGCCUGAUGGGCACUGGUCAGACAAGAUGCCUGCCUGCCAAGAAGAGGCUGCUCCCUAUUUCAAGCAAGUCCUGCUUUACAUGGGUGGUGGAGCUGUGGCCCUUGUGGCCCUGUUGCUGACAGGAAUGUUCAUAGCUCUGCUAAUCAAGCGUCUCAGUAACAAAGAGGAAGAAAAAACACUGCUGAAUCCCACCAGUAACCUAGGAGCACCUGGUGUCUUUACAAAUGCAGCGUUUGACUCCAACUUUUAAGCUAAAGCAGAAGAUGCCCCCAGGAGAGAAGAUCACUGGAAGGAAAAGGACCUGAAGAUGGUACUCAUGCCUCAAUGCUUUUAGAAGCUGUUUUUAUACCUUACUCCCCAGCUCAGCUCUGCCAUCAUCCAGCCCAAGAACUCACAGUCACUGACAGUCAGGGAUUAAACUAACUCUGGUGCACACAUCGAGUUCUCAUCUGAAAUCUGGGCUCGUUCUUCCUCUGACACUGGGCUUCGGUUCACAAUCCAGUUGUAUCAUGUAAAGGUCCCCAAGCAUGAGUGGUGGGUUAACUACUGGCUCAGGGAGGCUAGCCCCCCAGUCCCACCCCUUCUACCCGAAGCCCUGCCCCUUCCAUGCCCGCCGGAGCCCAGAGACCCCCCACAGUGGCCGCUGGCCCCUGCCUCAGGCUAGCACCCCCAGUCCUCACCCCCAGCCCCAGAGAGCAGGGAGGCCAGGCAGCAUGGCCCCAGCCCAGCCCUGGACCGUGAGGAGGCCCGGCAGUGCGUCCCCAGCCUCCCUGGCCCCAGAAUGUCAGGUGGCCAGGCAGUGCAGCCCCAGCCUCCCUAGCCCCAGAGCGCCGGGAGGGUGGGCAGCACAGCACCAGCCCCAGCCGGGGCCAUGAUGGCACAGGGGAAAAGCCGUCCACAGAGUGGGAAGCAGGAGGGGACUGGUGACGGAGUGUGGGUGAGGCCACGCCUGGGUGUUUGGGGAGGCUCAGCCUCCCCCAGCCUAUGAUACCUGCCGCCCAUGUCCCCAACCCACUUGUUCCUUCAUCCACCUGCCUAUUGGAUGCUCGGAAAGGUCCUCAAGACCUGGGACCUAGUAUCUACACCCUCAAUCACUCUCUAGUCCAGGGGUGGUCAAACUUUUUGGCCUGAGGGCCACCUCUGGGAAUAGAAAUUGUAUGGCGGGCCAUGAAUGCUCACAAAAUUGGGGUCGGGGUGAGGGAGGAGGUGAGGGCUCUGGUUGGGGGUGCGGGCUCUGGGAUGGGGCUGAGGAUGAGGA